AUGACUAUUGCUCCUGUUCCACACGGUCAGCCCAACAAUAUGCCCGAGUCGCUGCAAGAGGCACAGGCGGCCGUGAGCCAGAACCUAGCAGCCAUCGACCAGGCUGUUCAGGACGGUAACAUCCAAUUGGCCGACGAACUCAAGGCCAACCACCAGGCUCUGUUCCAGAGAUGCAAGGAAGAAGCCGAGCGACAUGGUCUUACGUCUAAGCCGACUGCAGAGCAACGGGAGGUCUCGGCAAAAGCGUCCCAGCAACACGACCAGGAAGCUUCCACCUCAGCCGACGACGUUCAAGCUGAGCUCAAGCAAGCCGCAGACGACUUGCACAAAGCCAACGAGGCUGGCAAUGAAGAUCUCGCGCACGAGCUCCACGCGAAGAUUAAGAGGUUGCGGCACCAGGCGCCCGCGGGCGGGGCGACUGGGAUCCAUUCACAACUGUCCGAUGGCACGGAAUUGUGGAUAGAAAUCCAUAACUGCCGCCCAGGGACAACUCUCUACAAUGCUCACGACUGGGAUGACGUGGAAGGAGAUUGGAAGUCGGGCUCCGCCGGUAACUAUGGGUAUGGCGACGUAUGCUACCUGCACAUGAAAGGGGAUUUCUCGGUUAGAUGCCGGACCUAUUGGUCCUGGAGCGACGGGAGCGGCCGAGCCUCGUGCUACUGGUCUUAUGGGAGUUUCAACGCCGGAAUCACUUCUGGCCACAGCGUGCAGGAUGCCUCCGAGUGGAACGACGGUGGUAGCUCCUACCAUACCUGGGACGGGGGGACUGUGCGGUUCUAUCUCACCUAG